AACUUCCACGCGAGAUGGCUAAGUUCUUCGACUCUGGGAUCUUGGUAUUAUUCAUCGGCGUAGCAACAUGCGUCAUUCAAGCACAGGCGUUGACUCCACCUCAACUGGACCUCGACGAGUGGUGGGGUCCAGCAGAGUCGCAGGGCAAAACUAAUUCAACCAUUAGAAAAUUCAAAAUAAGAUUCUGUCCUACGAUGAUUAACGACCUCAAAAGUCGUCUCAAAAAUCAUCGUAAAUUCGCCCCACCACUGGAAGGAAUUGCUUUCGAAUACGGCUUCAACACUAACCAAGUAGACCCCUGGGCGAAAUACUGGGCGGAGGAAUACAACUUCAAACAGAGAGAAAACUACUUUAACCUGAUCCCUCACUACAAAACUAACAUACAGGGUCUGGAUAUACAUUUUAUCAGAGUGAAGCCUCAGGUGCCCGCCGGCGUUACCAGAGUACCUCUGCUCCUGUUGCACGGCUGGGGAGGCUCCAUUCGCGAGUUCUAUGACGUCAUUCCUUUACUGACCACUCCGACUGAAGAACAUGGAUUUGUGUUUGAAGUUAUUGUCCCGAGCUUGCCUGGAUUUGGAUUUUCUGAUCCUGCAGUACGUCCAGGUAUGGGGCCAGCACAGAUGGGAGUUAUUCUCAGAAACCUGAUGAACAGACUCGGCCAUGAUAAGUACUACGUCCAGGGAGGCGACUGGGGAGCUAUAACCGCUAAUACUAUAGCUACCAUGUUCCCGGAUGAAGUAUUGGGUUACCACACCAACAUGAUGAUUGCUUUGAACACUUGGACAGAAGUAAAAACCCUCACUGGAGUGAUCGCCGCCGCCGAGGGGGCCGUCAGUAACAACCCUAUAGUGGCUCUUAUAGAGGAAACUGCAUUUUUCUUUAUGCAGGCUACAAAACCUGACACUAUUGGUCUCAUGCUCACAGAGUCGCCGGUCAGUUUCCUCGCCUACAUGCUAGAGAAGUUUUCUGUCAUGACCCGCUUCGAUAAAAAGACUCUAGCCGACGGAGGUCUGUACGAGGACUUCUCCAGGGAGCAGCUGAUCGACAACCUCAUGGUGUAUUGGAGCACCAACUCUAUCACCAGUUCCGUAAGACUAUACGCCGAAGGGUUCAGCAACAAAUAUCGAGGACUAAAAAUGGACGAGUUCUCCACACCUGUACCGACGUGGGCUCUGUAUGCCAAACACGAAAUUUUCAAACAACCGGUGAAUAAUCUCAAAUUCCCCAACGUCAUUGGAGCUACGGUGCUAGAUGAAGGAGGUCACUUCGUGGCCUUCCAGCUUCCCCAGGUCUUUGCUGCAGAUGUCUUCAAGGCAGUGAAGGCAUUCAUGGAGUAUCAUAGCAAUAUGAGAUGUGAAUUGUGAAUUUGAAGUUCAAUAAAUGUUGUCUGUAUAAUGU